CACGGAGCACGGACGACUCCAGUUCCGGUACCUCAAGAAGCACCGUAGUUACAACGACGGCGGGAAGUUCUACGGAUCAACUUAACCAAAAAUAAGCUUAACUUAUCAGGCGUUUUUUCGAAGGGUCGGGAAUUCACCAUUAAAUACCAAUGGAGCUGUAAUUGGGAACACGCUAACUACAACCUAAGUUCAACGGCGCGGGACUCUGCUAUAAUGGCUAACGUCGGCAACCAGCUACCAACACAGGCCGUUAGCAAGCCUGCGCCAGGGAAACAUGGAAAUGUAUUGCCCCUGUGGGGUAACGAAAAGACUAUGAACCUAAACCCAAUGAUUCUUACCAAUGUACUAUCCUCACCAUAUUUCAAAGUUCAGCUUUAUGAACUAAAGACCUACCACGAAGUUGUGGAUGAAAUCUAUUUCAAGGUGACUCACGUUGAGCCUUGGGAAAAGGGAAGCAGAAAGACCGCAGGCCAGACUGGAAUGUGCGGAGGGGUGCGUGGAGUUGGGACUGGUGGUAUUGUGUCAACUGCUUUCUGUCUUCUAUACAAACUGUUUACUCUGAAGCUGACUCGCAAACAGCUGAUGGGUCUCAUCACUCACACAGACUCUCCAUACAUCAGAGCACUUGGCUUCAUGUAUAUAAGAUACACGCAGCCCCCAACAGAUUUGAUAGAAUGGUAUGAUGGUUUCCUGGAUGAUGAGGAGGAGCUUGAUGUGAAGGCAGGAGGUGGCUGUGUCAUGACCAUUGGAGAGAUGCUGCGCUCCUUCCUGACCAAACUAGAGUGGUUCUCCACUCUUUUUCCCCGUAUCCCAGUGCCUGUGCAGAAGAUUAUUGACCAGCAGAUAAAGGCUAGACCUCGUAAGAUAGCUCAGAAGGAGACACAAGAUGAAGAAGCUACAUUCACAGAGUCAGGGAGGCAAGGGGAACGUCGUCGCUCCAGGAGCCCACGACGAACACCGAGCCCCCGAAGGUCUCCUAAGCGUUCAAGGAGCAGGAGCCACCAUCGCGAGAAAGAACGCCACGGCCCGAGCUUUGAUCGCGAGUUGGAGAGAGAACGUGACCGGCAGAGGAAGGAGAGGGAGGGCAGGGAAAGAGACAGGGACAGAGGAGAACGGGGAGAAAGGGAGAGGCGACGAUCUCGCAGCACCGACAGGAACCAAGACCGGCGCGAACGCAGAAGGAGUCGUAGCGGCAGCCGGGACCGAAGGAACGAACGAAGAGACAAAGAGAGGGACGGAGGGGACGACAGGAGCCGGAGGAAGGACAGGGAUCACCACAAAGACAGGGGGACAGAGAGAGAGCGGUCCAGGGAUAAAAAGAGCAGGGGAGAGACUGACGACCGGAGGCAUAAAGACGACAGGGAGAGGCACAGAGAGGAGAGGAAGGCCAAGCGGUCCAGCCGGAGUCGAAGCAGGGAGAAGAGGCACAAAAGUGGAGGGGAAGAGAAAAGCAGGAAACGGGAGAGAAGCCACAGCAGAGAAAGGGACAGGGAUAGAGAUGGAGAACAGCGAUCUCACAGACGUAGUCGUAGCAAAGAGAGGAGCCACCAUCAGCGGGAGUCCAGUAAUGACCAUAGUAAACAUAGUGAACGCAGACGGAGUCAGAGCACUGAGUAAUUGUCGCUUUUGAGCAACAUUACUUCUACCCCUGUUUAUCUCCCUGUUUUCUACCCAGUUGUUUCUCCUGUCGCCUGUGCUAAAGGGUAUGUUAGCACAGCAGACAUCUGGAAUUGUUGUCUUUGGCCAAUGUAACGUUGCUUUUCAUUGUUUUUUCUGCCUUUGUCACUCCCCAUUAGACCAUUGUUAGUUUUCACUUGAAAUUUGAAAAGUGGAAAAAAUGGCAUUUUAAUUUUCUAUGGUUCUUUUUGCCCCAGGAAGACAUGGGUUUGUACAUAAUGUUCCUAAGGUUGUCUACACACAAGUGGUCUGAGUGGAAUUCUCUGCUGGACUGGUUGAAGUCUGUGCUGAAAACACGUAAACAUCCACACAUAAUGUAUGUAAUUUACAAAGAAACUGUACAUCAGACAGUGUAAAAAUUACUACAUGCUUACUGAAAUAUGACCAGUGUUUCCAAAUGUAAUCAUCUUGGUGAGCUGUAUUCAUACAACAGUUUGGAAUAUGUGGAAUUUGAGCACAGCAAGUUAAGAUGAAGCAGAGCCACUCAAUCCACAAAUGUGCGUCGACAGCCUAAGAAUGUUUUAAUCAUCUAAAGGGCGGUUUGCAAAGGGUAAUUUAUACCACACACACUGAGACCUGCUUGUGCUGUGUUUGGGUUAUUGCUCUGUUGCAUUUUGUUUUCUAAUAAAAUACUUUUAUGAUCAA